CAAAAUCGAGGAAAUCGUCCGGUCCGGAGACGUGGUAGAGAAAAGAAAUAGAGGGGAUUGUCAGUGUCAGUGCAGAAGCGGGAUUUCCUUUAGAUGUUAAGUCCAGGCCGAGGUUCCAGUUCGUGACGAGAUAACAGCAGAUUCACUCCCUCAAAAUGCUAUACCACACCCUCCUCCCCCUCCUGCUCUUGACCUUAUCGGCAACCACAUCCCCCCUCCCCACCCUCACCCCCCGAACAACCUGCUACUCAGGUUUCUACAUCAUCGUAGCCCGCGGCAGCAACGAAGCAGCCGGUGAAGGCGAACCAGGAAAAGUCGCAACAAUGAUCGAAGCCCGCGUCCCGAAUUCCGGUUCCGUGGCUGUAGACUAUCCCGCGAAAAUUAUUGACUUGAGUGGAAGUUAUCCUGUUUCUGUGAUUAAAGGGAUAAAUGACACGAAGACGAAGAUUCAGGAGUAUGUUGAGGAGUGUGGAGAGGAUGCGAGGAUUGUUUUGCUUGGGUAUAGUCAAGGGGGAAAUGUCAUGACGGAUGUUCUGGCUGGUGGUGUUGGUAAGCCUGCUCCAUUGGCGGAGGAGUAUAGGAACAACAUCAAAGGCGUCGCAGUCUUCGGAGACCCGACUUUCACAGCAAAACAAUCAUUCGACGCGGGAACUUCCACCAAAGACGGAAUCUUCGCCAGACGCGGAUCGAGUUUGACGUUGCUGAAUACUUACGCUUCUGUGCUUCAAAGCUAUUGUGAUGCGAAUGAUUUCUUUUGUGCGAGUGGGGGUAGUUUGGAUGUGCAUUAUGCUGAGGUUGAUAAUCAUGCGCAGGCGGCGACGGAUUUUAUUGCUAGCAAGGCGUAG